ACACACACUCGCACACACACGCAUGCCCUUGCCCCUGCACACACGCGCGCGCGCACACACGCGCCCUCCCUGCUCCGUCAUCCGCAACGUCACGUGUGCGCGUGUUUAUGGUGCUCUGCGGCUCACUCGCACUCUCUAUCAGCCACUCACUCUCCACACACUCACCCUCCACACACAUACGACAUCACAACGUGGCUGAACUCUUCUGUUCAGAAAGCGAAUCGCGCACCCACGACAUCUCAGCCAAGGGGACACGAUAAUUGUUCAUCACAGGAAGUUCGCACUGGCUACUGCUGCUGCUGCUGCUGGAGAUAACCAACUUAUCCUGGACAAGUGACCGGUCAACUGGCUGGCUGGCCACUCAACCAGUAGGCUGGCCGGUGGGACAGCGGCUGGCUUGACCGGCAUCAAGAAAGGGCGGAGUAAUCCGCGAACCGGAUCGGGGCAGGGAGGAUUCCCACGCCCGUGUGUCCGUCCACCCGUGCGUGUGUCCGUCGGCGUGCCCUGCCACCACCACCACCACCGGCAGCAGCAGCAGCGGCAGCACGAUGUCAUCCCGUGUGCAGCUCCGCCAGGAGCUCAUGCGGGAGCAGCUGCAGGAGCAAGAGAGAAGGGAGCUGCAACAGAGGCGGCAGCAGCAGCACUACCAGCACCAGCAGCACCAGCAGCACCAGCAACAGCAGCUACAGCACCAGUACCAGCAGCAGCAGCACUACCAGCAGCAGCAAGGCACGCAGUGCGGAUCGCUCACGGGGCAGCACCGGUCGGACUUGGUGCCGCUGGUGACCAGACCGCCCCCCAGCCCGGCCAUCUCCAUGAGCCUGCCGGCACGGCCCCCCCUGCCCCCCGUCCCCAUGGAGGUGCUGAAGGUCCAGACUCACCUGGAGAACCCGACGCGGUACCACAUCCAGCAGUCCCAGCGGCAGCAGCUCAAGCAGUUCCUGUCAACGACGCUCGGGUACAAAGUGGCGAGCCAGUCGCUGGCUCGCUCCCCGCAGGCUCAGCCGGGUGGGGGGCAGGCCACGGGGGGCUCCCUGCCUUUGCCGCAGCAGCAGCAGCAUCAGCAGCAUCAUCAUCAGCAGCAGCUGCACACGAGCGUGGGAAGCAGCGCCCCCAACAGCCCCAUGGCCAUGUUGAACAUCGGCUCGAAUUCCGAGCGCGAGCUCAGCGGGGCUCAGCAGCAGCAGCAGCAGCCGACCUCGUGGAGUCUGCCAACCUGCCAUGCCGAUAUGAUGGACGACGUGAUCGAUGACAUCAUCAGCCUGGAGUCGAGUUACAACGACGAGCCCUACACGGGCAUAGGCGCCCGCCUGGAAGUCACCAACACGCUGCCGCUGUCGAGCAGCCUCUACGACGGCUAUGGGGGCCAGACGCUCGCAGUGCCGGCCGUGGCGCUCACCAGCUCCUCGUGUCCGGCCACGCUGGACAACGUCAAGCAGGAGGUGACCGAAGUUGAAGCAAGAGCCAUCGUGAAGGAGCGCCAGAAGAAGGACAACCACAACCUGAUUGAGCGACGACGGAGAUUCAACAUCAACGACCGCAUCAAGGAGCUGGGGACGCUCAUCCCCAAGUCCAGCGACCCCGUGCGCGAUGCGGCGCAUUGCAGGGACACGCGCUGGAACAAGGGUACCAUCCUCAAGGCGUCCGUCGACUACAUCCGCCGCAUGCAGAAGGAGCAGCAGAGAGCCAAGGAGAUGGAGCUGAGGCAGCGGCGCCUGGAGCACACCAACCGCAGCCUGCUGCUCCGCCUGCAGGAGCUGGAGAUGCAGGCCCAGGCUCACGGCGUGCCCAUCGCUUACUCCGUGCCGCCCGACGUUCCGCCCAUCAAGCAGGAGACGCCGGGCGGCGGCGGCGGCGGCGACAACGGCGCCGCCGCUCGCCGCGACGGCGACUUCUUCUGCUCGGCUCCUCCGUCGUGCGGUGGCGCCCACGGCACGCCGGACCUCGCCGACGGCACGCCGCACUUCGGCCCGGCGGUGGCGGCCGGCGGAGGCGGCGGAGAUGCGAGGGGAGCGUCGAGCGGCUUCGCGGUGGACGAGCGCCUGCCGGGCGUCUACUCCCCGGAGCCGGACCCGACGUCGCGCCUGGAGGACAUGCUCCUGGAGGACAACUUCUCCGACUCGCUGCUCUCGCCGUUCUCGCCGCGCUCGCUCAGCCGGCAGGGCAGCUUCAGCAUGGACGACGGCUGACGCCGCCGCUCGGCUCCGGCGAUCGACCGUUCCGAUCGGUCGAUCGCAGAUCCUCGGCGACGACCGUCGGACGUGCGAGCGACACGCCGGUGGCUUGAGAGCGUCGUUGUCUUUGUUGUUGCUGGAA